ACAUAAUUAGUUGGAAAGGCUUUUACUAUAAAAGCACAAACUAAUUCAGUAACAUCAUUGUAUCUUUGUCUCUGUGCAAUACACACACUACAACAUGAACUCCUUCGCUGUUCUCCUGCUCUGCGUACAGGCUUGCUUGGUGCAGAAUGUUUUCAGCCAGUAUUGUGGCGGAGCGUACGGUCCCGGUUUGGCCGGUGCUUACGGCGGCUACGGCGCGUACGGCGCGUAUGGCGCUAACGCCGGUUAUGGUCUCGCCGGGGGCGCUCUUGCGACGCCAUUCGCUUACGACGCAGCCUACGGCGGUGAAGGUGUCGGUGACGUAGCGGUCGCUGGUGAGCUGCCGGUCGCUGGUACCACCCUGGUUGCCGGACAGGUCCCGAUCCUGGGUGCCGUGGAAUUCGGAGGCAUCGUGCCGGCCGGCGGCGAGGUUUCCAUUGCCGGCAGCUGCGGAUGCGGCUGCAGAGGAUCUUACCGCUACUGAGCAGCAACUGACAUUUUGAAAUGAAUUGAGGAAAUAAAAGCAUUUACUGGAAUUCAAAC